AUGGCUUAUAAACGUCGGUGAGUCUGUCCACCUUCCCCGCCACUCCACCCGUGUGGCCUUUCAGGCGAAAUAUUGGAUCCCUCUCCCUCGCUCUCGCUGCCUCUCACAACCAUUUCAAAUCUCCAUGAUCCAAUCUUCAGAAAGCUGAAUCACCACCAUAUUCUCCUCCAAUCCGAACCACCCGAAGAAGGAGAGAAGAAAAAUGGGUGCUUUGAGCAAGAACUCCCGCGGGGGCAAGCGAGGGUCGUCCUCCUUCGCAUGGUCUUCCAUCAUCAUAACACUCAUCUUCAUCGCUUUCUGCUCUCUGGGAAUCUACAUUCUCACCUCUUCCCCUUCCCCCUCCUCCUCGAACGCCGCCUACCGUCGCUCCCAUGUAUCGCUCUCCUCGGACCGCCGAGCCUCCGGGUUCGAUCUCAAAGAGCUAAAGUCUGCCCUAGAUGAGUCUGCCAUGCAAUCUGAAUCUGGAAUUUCUGAAGAAGAUUCUUCUGAAAGUCAGCAGGAGCAGCAGAAUGAGGAGGGGGAAACCCAUAAUCAGGGGGAUAAAGAAGCCAGCAGCGGCAUUGAGAGUCAGGAGCAGAUUGAGCAUGACACCGAAGGAACUGUUGAAGAGAGCGGCGAGCAAAAGCAAUCUCACGUGGACGAUAGAGAGUCUGAUGAGGAAACCGAGCAACCUGAGGGUAAAUUCGCCCCUGAAACUGAACAAUGCCAGGAUUCCACAGAUGGCCGAGGUGAGGAAGAGGAGAAGAAGCAGAAUGAGGAACAGAUACACGAACAGACGGAAAAGAAAAAUUGCAAUUAUGGCCAACCUGAUACCGAGCAACAGCAGAUUGAGGAUGUUGACACAGGAAUCGAAAUCCAGCCAGGGUUACAGGUGGGAGCUAAUGAAACCCAUUCUACCAGAAGGGACGAUAAUUGGCUGGAAGAACUAAGCCAGAGCGGUGAAAAUAUGCCAUGGGAGACCCAGGACGUUCACUCACUGAACGAGGAGGGGAAGAAGCAGAAGGAGCAGCAGCAGCAAGCUGGAAUCAGCCAAGGCAAUCGUGGCGCUGAGGAAAACCUAAUUGGGUAUGAGUGGGAGCUCUGCAAUGUCACUGCUGGUGCUGACUACAUACCUUGCCUUGACAAUGAAAAGGCUCUCAAGAAGGUACAUGAUUUCAAGCAUUAUCAGCAUAGAGAGCGCCAUUGCCCAGAGGAGAGUCCCACCUGUCUUGUGCCCCUUCCCAAGGGAUAUAAGAGAUCGGUUGAGUGGCCGGCCAGCAGGGAUAAGAUAUGGUACAACAAUGUCCCUCAUAGUAAACUUGCUGAGGUGAAAGGGCAUCAAAAUUGGUUGAAGGUAGAUGGAGAGUACCUUAAAUUUCCUGGAGGUGGAACGCAAUUCAUACAAGGUGCGUCACAGUACAUAGCCUAUCUUCAGCACUCCCUGCCCGCUAUUGAAUGGGGCAAGUAUACCCGUGUUGUAUUGGACGUUGGUUGCGGAGUUGCAAGCUUUGGUGGCUAUCUCUUCAAUUGGGACGUACUCACAAUGUCCUUCGCACCUAAAGAUGAACACGAAGCUCAAGUUCAACUCGCUCUUGAGCGAGGCAUUUUUCCUGCGAUAUCCGCCGUGAUGGGCUCCCAACGACUUCCAUUUCCGAGCAACGUGUUUGACCUCAUCCAUUGUGCAAGGUGUCGUGUCCCAUGGCAUGCAGAUGGAGGCAUGCUUCUUCUUGAGAUCAAUCGUUUGCUUCGUCCCGGCGGCUAUUUUGUGUGGUCGGCCACUCCAGUUUAUCAGAAACUAAAAGAAGAUUUAGAAAUAUGGAAGGCUAUGAGUUCUCUAACUGAAUCAAUGUGUUGGGAUUUUCUCAAAAUCAGAAAGGACAAAUUAAAUGGAGUUGCUGCAGCUUUCUACAGGAAACCCCCGUCUAAUGAAUGUUAUGAAGACAGGAAGAAUCAAACUCCUGCCAUUUGUGAAGAAGAGGAUGAUCCCAAUGCAGCUUGGUAUAGCCCUUUAAAACCCUGCAUACACCUGGCUCCUGUUAAUGCUUCAGAAAGAGGAAUAGAAUGGCCCGCGGAAUGGCCACAAAGACUCAGUACUCCCCCAUUCUGGCUUAAUAGCUCCCAGACAGGCUUUUAUGGCAAACCAGGUCUUCUCGAUUUUGAAUCCGACAGCAUACGUUGGAAACGAAUCGUAAAGAAGUCCUAUCUGGUUGGUUUGGGCAUAAAUUGGUCCAAAAUUAGAAAUGUAAUGGACAUGAGAGCUGUCUAUGGAGGGUUUGCUGCUGCUUUGAAUUUGGAGAACGUAUGGGUCAUGAAUGUGGUGAAUAUUGAUGCUCCAGACACGCUUCCUAUCAUCUAUGAACGUGGCCUUCUAGGCAUAUAUCAUGAUUGGUGUGAAUCUUUCAAUACCUAUCCUCGAACUUACGAUCUCUUGCACGCCGACCACCUCUUCUCGAAGCUGAAAGAAAGAUGCAGUCUUGUUCCAGUUAUGGCUGAGAUUGACAGGAUUGUGAGACCUGGAGGAAUACUGAUAGUUAGAGAUGACUCUGCUGUUACUAAUCAAGUGGAAAACUUGCUGAAAUCUUUGCACUGGGAAGUCAACCUGGUCUUCUCCAAGAACAAUAAUGGAAUAAUAGCUGCAGAAAAAUCAGAUUGGAGACCUGAAACAUAUUCUGAUUCAACUUGAUUACUCAGUUCAUUUUGGGUAAUUAGUUCAUACAUUUCUUCCUCAUUCUAUGAUUUUGUUAAUUUUGCAAUUAUAGAAUGCAUUAUUUUUAAUAACACUUCAACUAUUUCACAUUAGAAUUGUGAUAGGGUUGCAA